AUGUCCGCUGCUGCUCCCACAACAGCCACUCCCGCUUGUCAAUCAGCAAUUGGCUCCGCUGAGUUCUACGACCACGCUAAGACCGAGGCAUGGAACUCGCAGAUCAUCUCCUCCGUUCUGAAGGCGGUCAUCUCUGAGUCCACACCCCAGGGCGGCUCUGCUCCCGCCUACAAGUUCGCUUGCAACUCGACGAUUGUCCAGCACCUGGUUCCUACCUCCUCUCUCAACAAGUCCAAGGGAACCUCCGCCUCUACUGAGGAGCCCUCCGUCUCCACGAGCGCCGACCCCGCGACUGCCACCGACGGCAAGCCCCACGUCGGCCGCCGCGGCAUGCACUCCGCCACCGGCGCCUACUGGGACGAGAAGAAGGACGGCAUGUGGUCCUACAAGUACGAUGGCGGUGAGGGCAAGGGCAUGGACGUUGUCAUUAUGCUCAUUUGGGUCGCCAUCUAG